UACAUGUACUUCCUGUUUCCGCUGCGGACACAACCAUGGUCUGUUACAUCUGCUGCUUUAAAGCUUCGUCGACUUGUCACUUGCGUUGGGACACGACAAUUAGACUUCCAAAGAAGAAUUACAGGGCAGAAAGCAUUCUGAGCUGAAAAUGGUUGUGAAUGGAGCACUUCUGAAAUUAAAUUCUGGAGCUAGAAGUUCAUACUACAUAUCUGGUACACAUAUUGACAUUGAAAUGGGUUGAUACUUGCAUUUUAACAAGGAAACAACUUUACUUUUUCCUUGAACACAUCGAGAUAUAAUUAUAAGGAUGGACAAUAUGGACAAUCACCAGUAUCCUGAAGGACAUGCUGGGGAAGAUCCCAUCACUCAUACAAUGGAUCAGUGUACUCGUUCAGACAUAGAUCAACAGGAGUCUACAAAGAGUUGCACUCAAGACAUCAGUAAAACAAUCACUAACCCUAAAAAGGAAAAGAUACCGAGGCUGAGCCCAACUUCAGCAGAGUGUCCCCCAUUAAACACAUCAAGCUUGGUGGGGGCAUCUACCAGUGUAAGUAGUACAGAACAUUUCAGUGACAGUCAUUUAGUUGGGAAUAUCAUUCCAAAUCACCACAGCCAUCCUUUCGUAAAACUUGAACCUCUUGAUUUAGAAAGUUGGGGGAAAGCAUCAUCAGAUGGAAAGAGAACAUCGAACGACCCUUCUUGGGACCAAGAGCAAUCUGCGACCUGUGAAAGAACUGAAUUUGGAUUGUUGGACAUGGAACUAAGAGAAUGCGACCAGAAGAAAGUCUUACUCAAAAUGGACAUGGAAGAAGAGAACCUUGAUGAUAAUGGACAGAGAUGUGAAAAUGAGGUAGAAAAAGACAAAGCUGAAUCCAAGUGUGAUGAAUGUGCAACACUGACCAGUUUGGACAGAGAAAACAACACCAAUUGUGGCAAAUGCGGGCGAAGCUUUGCAAUCAAGACCAAUAAACAGACACAAGAGCGAUACAAAUGUGACCAGUGUGGUAAAACGUUUUCUCAAUUCCAUGAAAUGCAAAAACAUUUGGAUAUUCAUACACAACAUCUACAAGACUCUCAAGUUGGCAAGUUCAGUUGUGAACUCUGUAAUAAGGACUACAAGUCCCGUGCUGGUCUGAGAGUUCAUAUGGAAGUCCAUCAAAAGUCAAACAAAUGUAGGAUAUGUGGCCGCUGUUAUUAUCGAAAAUCCUAUUUACUGCUACAUAUGAAAAUUCACAGUAGACCAGCAUCAGUUGGUCACUGUAAACUGUGCGAUAAAACAUUCAGAACGAAACUUGUUCUCAAGAAGCAUAUAAAUUCAAUUCAUAGCGUGCACCCAUGUGAAACUUGCGGGACGAAGUUUAUGGGGAAACGAGUGUUGGAUUUCCACAAACUUGCUCACGAGCAUGAGAACCAAUCCAGAAAAUUCUUUUGUGAUAUAUGUGGAGAUAUUUACAAAUCUGAAGACAGCUUUCGAACACAUCUUGAAAUUCACAAGGACGAGAGCAAACCAUAUGUUUGUGGUAUUUGUGGAAAAUCAAGUAAUACUGUUAAAGGAUUAGCAAAUCAUUUACUAACAGUUAAUUAUCAUACCGGAAAAUAUGGUGAUUCAAACUUUAACUGUGAUGUCUGUGGAAAGAGUUGCAAAGAUGCUGAGUAUCUUGAAAGGCACAUGAAACACCACACCAAUAAACUUUUGAAAUGUGAAAUAUGUAAUCGAGGAUUCACAAAACAAAUUAGUUUAGAGAGACAUUAUGAAUCUCACAACGUAGUAACUAUUGAACAUAAUUGUGAGAAAUGUGACCGGACCUUCCAGUCAGAAUUUGCUCUGGAAAAACAUGUUGAUUAUGUACAUACAACACAAUCAUGUGAUGUUUGCGGCAAAGAAUUUAUAAAACAGAAACUGAAACGUCACAAAGCUGAGCACGAAAAAAAAUUCCAAUGUGAAGUGUGUGGAAAAUAUUAUUCUGGAGUUGAAGGAAUAAAACUGCAUAUGCAAUUUCAUUCGAGAAAUGCCUUAGCAAUCAAGAAGUUUGCUUGUGAGGUUUGUGGUAAGAAAUACCUUUCACAAGAAGGUCUAAAGAAUCACAAAAGAGUCCAUGACAAGUCAAUCAAAUGUAGCGUAUGUAGUCGCUGUUUUUCAUUCCGUUCUGAUUUAUGGAAGCAUAUGAAAAUUCACAAUCGAUCAGAAUCUGCUGGGAAAUGUGAGCUCUGUGAGAAGACAUUCAAAACGGAACUUGUUCUCAAGAAGCAUAUAAAUUCAAUUCAUAGCGUGCACCCAUGUGAAACUUGCGGGACGAAGUUUAUGGGGAAACGAGUGUUGGAUUUCCACAAACUUGCUCACGAGCAUGAGAACCAAUCCAGAAAAUUCUUUUGUGAUAUAUGUGGAGAUAUUUACAAAUCUGAAGACAGCUUUCGAACACAUCUUGAAAUUCACAAGGACGAGAGCAAACCAUAUGUUUGUGGUAUUUGUGGAAAAUCAAGUAAUACUGUUAAAGGAUUAGCAAAUCAUUUACUAACAGUUAAUUAUCAUACCGGAAAAUAUGGUGAUUCAAACUUUAACUGUGAUGUCUGUGGAAAGAGUUGCAAAGAUGCUGAGUAUCUUGAAAGGCACAUGAAACACCACACCAAUAAACUUUUGAAAUGUGAAAUAUGCAAUCGAGGAUUCACAAAACAAAUUAGUUUAGAGAGACAUUAUGAAUCUCACAACGUAGUAACUAUUGAUCAUAAUUGUGAGAAAUGUGACCGGACCUUCCAGUCAGAAUUUGCUCUGGAAAAACAUGUUGAUUAUGUACAUACAACACAAUCAUGUGAUGUUUGCGGCAAAGAAUUUAUAAAACAGAAACUGAAACGUCACAAAGCUGAGCACGAAAAAAAAUUCCAAUGUGAAGUGUGUGGAAAAUAUUAUUCUGGAGUUGAAGGAAUAAAACUGCAUAUGCAAUUUCAUUCGAGAAAUGCCUUAGCAAUCAAGAAGUUUGCUUGUGAGGUUUGUGGUAAGAAAUACCUUUCACAAGAAGGUCUAAAGAAUCACAAAAGAGUCCAUGACAAGUCAAUCAAAUGUAGCGUAUGUAGUCGCUGUUUUUCAUUCCGUUCUGAUUUAUGGAAGCAUAUGAAAAUUCACAAUCGAUCAGAAUCUGCUGGGAAAUGUGAGCUCUGUGAGAAGACAUUCAAAACGGAAUAUUCACUCCAAAAGCAUACAACUAAGUUUCAUGUGAUGCACUCGUGUGACAUCUGUGGACAAAAUUUCCAAGGGAAAGUGUUGCUGGAAUACCACAAACUUGCUCAUGAGCACGAAAAUAGGUCACAUGACUUCUGUUGUGUUACGUGUGGAGAAAAAUACAAAACAUUUGACAGCUUUCAUACACAUCUUGAGAUUCAUAAGAACCAGGACAGUCCAUACAGAUGUGACAUUUGUGGGAGAACAUACAGAGAAUUUAUCUCUUUGAGGAGUCAUAUGAAAUUGCAGAACGUUCAUGCAGAUAAAGAUAUACAGGAAGGAUUAAAAUUUUCUUGUGAUGUGUGCGGAAAAAGCUUUAAAGAAAACCAGAUGCUUGAAAAACACGUGAAAUUUCACGUUAUGAAAAAAAGACAGUUUAGUUGCAGUAUCUGCACUCGAAGUUUUGCUCGACAAAGUACUUUAGAUAAACAUUAUAAAAAGCACAGCACAGAGACUAAAGGACAUCAGUGUGAGAAAUGUGAUGCAGUAUUCCUAACAGACUUUAAUCUGAAAAAGCAUUUAGACUUUGUACAUACAACAGAAACAUGUAAUAUUUGUGGUGAAGAAGUUUCCAAAGGUAAACUUAAAUAUCACAGGGCUAAACACGAGGAAAAACAGGAAUGUGACGUGUGUGGCAAACAUUAUUUUGGAGUUGAAGGAAUUAGAAGACAUAUGCAAUAUCAUGCAAGACUUUUAAGCGGGAUAAAGAAGUUCAGUUGUGAAGUUUGCGGUAAACAAUACCACUUACAGCUGGGCCUUAAAGAACACAUGAGGUUCCACCUGAAAUCUAUCAAAUGUAAAAUUUGUGGGCGUUGCUUUUCACAUCAAAGUUCUUUAAAGAAGCACAUGAUAAUUCACACCAGACCAGCAUCGAUUGGAAAAUGUGAAACUUGUGGCAGGACCUUCCAAACAGAAGGUGUUCUUCAAAGACAUAUCAAGAGUUUCCAUGUCACGAAAUCGUGUGAGAUUUGUGGUUUGAAGUUUAAAGAAAAACCACAGAAACAUAUUGAUAGGCACCAUACCUCAUAUGUAUGUGAUAUUUGUGGCAUUAAAAUUGAUGGAAAUGUUUUGUUAGAGUGCCAUAAGCUGGCUCACGUCUAUGAAAAGGGUUCAUUUGACUUUCAGUGUUACGAAUGUGAAAAAAGUUACAAAACUUCUGACAAGCUACGUAAACACGUGGACAUCCAUACGAAAAACGAAGAAGGGUCUGGUCGUUUCGGAUGCGAGAUAUGUGGGAAAAGGUUUGCUUCAUUGUAUAAUUUAUCGUCUCAUGUAAAUAACCACAGGAAAGAAAUUGGCCAUUAUUGCAAAAUUUGUGGCAAGAGUUUUAAAGAAGCUGAUGAAGAGCACAACUGUCUGUCUGAGAAGAUUACGAAAUAUAUAUGUGAAGUGUGUGGGCGCAGUUUCCGGGAUGAAUUUGGUUUAAACAGGCACAAGAAAGUACAUGGCAGUGUUGACUUCAAAUGCGAACAAUGCAAUUGGUUGUUCUUGACAGAAAAAAAACUUCAGACCCAUAUAGACAGAGUACAUAAGCUAGCACCUUGUGAUAUUUGUGGUCAAGAAUUGACCUACCAGGAAUUGCCUCUUCACAAAAGAAAAAUGCACACCCAAGACUACAUUUGUGACAUAUGUGGACAUAAAUGUUCAGGUCUGUCAAAGCUGAAAACACAUUUAGAAACCCACUCGACAAAAGAAGCAAAAUCUUUUUGCUGUGAUAUUUGUUGUAAAACCCUCAAUACUGCGGCAGGACUACGAAUUCACAAGGCUAUUCAUACUGGAGCUCAGAAAAAUAAAAAGACAUUGAUCUGUGAUAUAUGUGGAAAAGGUUUUGCAGAAAGAAAAACUUUGUUUAAUCACAAGCUCACUCACAAACCUAAAUCACUUCAGUGCAAUAAAUGUUGUAAAAUGUUUGCAACUAGAAAUUCACUACUCAACCAUGUGAAAUGCAGGAGAGAGUGUCAAACUUGUGGAAAGAUAUUUGUUGAUACACGAUUAUUUAAACAACAUGUUGAGCUUCAUGAUGGUGCUGAGGAGGUGGAUGGAAAUGUAUCCUUCAAUCAAAGCCCUUGCUCUGAAAGAUCCAGUCCGAGGACAGGUCGCAGUACUGGUCGUUCAGACAAAAUGCACAGGCAGAGAGGUCCUGGAAAAAAAAUCACAGAUUAUCCUUACAAAUGUAGAAUGUGUAGAAGAAGUUUUCAGAGUAAGAUCAACAUGGAAAAUCAUACAACAAGGCACCAUAACAAAUUAAAUGUAAAACAGUUCAAGUGCGAGAUGUGUUUUAAAAUAUUUACAUCCAAACGUGCAUUGAAGGCUCAUGAUAGAGUUGUGCAUGCUAAACAAAGUUUUGAUGUCAGUGGGACAAAAUGCACAGCUACAGAUCUGAAGAAACAUACAAGCACACACAAAGAGCAAGAAAAGGGCCAGGUGUCCAGUAGAGAAAGUGUGGAAUCAAUUGAUAAUGAAAAUAGUAUUGAUGACAAGGAAGUCAAGAGGCCUAAAGGUCAAAGAGGACACAUGCGUGAGUCGAUGGUUCCUUUCCUGACACCUAGGGUAAUCAGUGAAGAUUCAAUGCUGCUGUCUAAAAGGGAGACAAUGGAUUUACCUCCAGAAAAAAACCAAGCAGUCAACGAUGAUAAGAAGUUCUUGAGUAUGGUCAUUCGAAAAUCUGUUGAUGACCUUGAUGUCCAUACGCUCAAGCGUGGACAAUAUUUGAAGGUUGUCACAAAGAUUAAAGAACUUGUUUUGAACAAGAAUCCUGCUACUUUCACAGAAAAAUUUGAAAUUCUGAUAUUUAGAAUUACAUUCUUUUGUUAUAGAUUAAAGAACUUGUUUUGAACAAGAA